UAACGUUUCAGAUAGGAGGCAGUAAACAGUUUUCUGAGCUUCUCGGCCUAGAGUCGCCUACCUAACUUUCAAAACCUCACACAAAAGUCUGUAACCACACACCUGAAAUAAAGAUAUUGCAGCAUUAACAUCACUGUGAACAUUAAAGUGAAAAUGACAUCGGAGAAGUCUUCAGUGAAUCCACUAGAACAGUUUGUAUUGCUUGCCAAAUCAGCCAAAGGUGCAGCUGCUGCAAGUCUUGUAACACAAGCUCUAGAGGCACCAGGAGUUUAUGUGUUUGGAGAACUUUUAGAGAUGCCAAAUAUUCAAGAGCUUUCCAGUGGAGAUCAUGCAAAGUUCUUCAAGUUACUCAAUUUGUUUGCUUAUGGUACAUUCAAAGAUUAUAAAGAAAAGAAAUCGGAACUACCAGAGCUAAGUCCAGCCAUGUUGAAUAAAUUACGACAUCUGACUAUGGUUUCCUUGGCAACAAAGACAAAGUGUAUUCCAUAUCGUGUGUUGCUGGAAGAAUUAGACAUUCCAAACCUGAGGGCACUAGAGGAUUUGAUCAUUGAAGUGAUUUAUGCUGACAUUAUUCGAGGAAAGUUAGAUCAAAAGAACCAGCAGUUGGAGGUGGACUACGCAAUUGGUAGAGACAUCAGACAGGAGGCUGUGCCUGAUAUUAUAUCUGUUCUACAAGACUGGUGUUCUGGUUGUGAAGCAGUUUUACAGGGAAUAGAAACACAGAUCACAAAGGCCAAUCAGAACAAAGAAAAUAACCUCAGGCAAAAACAGAAAAUGGAACAAGAGAUCACAAACAUCAAGAAAACAUUGAAGAGUACACACGCUGAUGAGGAAAGUAUGGUAACAGAGUCUGUGUCAGUUACUGCAGAUAAACCUUCCAAGAAACCCUCUAAAGCCAAAGGUUUACGAGGAAGUAGUGGUACUAAACUCUGGAAAUGACAAGGAACCUGUGGUACUAAACUAUAAAAUGUGAUAGAAGAUAGACAAUUGUAACAGUAUAAAAACUGGGAGUUGAUUGGAUAACUGUCUAAAGUGCUAAAACAAAUACAUGCAUGUUACUGGAUAUGAAAUGUCUCUCUCAUUGGUAACUCUGAAUAAAAUCAAGAAUUAAUACACUGCCUUAGAAUCUUGUUUGCAGAUAGGUUUGGAAGUAUGACACAAUUCUUCUGUAGAUAUUUGGUAGAAAUGAACAUGCUCAGAAAUGAUAGAAUGAAAAAAAGUAACUUCUUCAUAUAAUUUUACUUCCAGAUUUACAUAACAAACACAUCAUAUACAAAAUUUGUUGUUUGGAAAUUGAGGCAGUAUCAAGAUAUAUGUCAUUUAAACUUUUAAAGAUGACUGGAUAAUGAAAGUAACAUUGAAUGAUUGAGCAUAAACCUAUUCUUACAUAGAACAUGAUUUUAUAGUGGUUUUCAUGUUAACAUAAAAUGUUGUAAUAAAACAUAAUUGCUGCAGACUUCAACAUUUUUUAGUACAGUUGCUAUCAUAAAAAAUUUAUGCAUACUAAGCCAUAGAAAAUAUUUGUUAAGAAUUUUAACUAUGUAACACAGCCUUUAUCAGUUACUGCAAAAGAGACUGGUAUUUAUUUUUAUCCAAAUUGUAUGUUUAACAUGUAUUAUUGUGAUAAAGUGUUGAUAUUUUCUUGAG